CCUUUCUUUCCUACCGUCACUACGCUCUCAUCUCACAGAUCCAUUUCGUGUACUCAACUGCUCAUCUUUUUUUCUUACGGAUAUCUUCGAUUCAUGAUCUAUUGAGGACUCAGAUGCGCUUCAGUACCCUACAACGGUAUCAGAGAGUCCAGCGCAAGCCAGCUAGGAUGGCUGAAAUCGUCACUAUACGCUGUAAUUCACCCGGCCGGGAUGUCCUUGACUCGGAUCUGCUCCUGGUCCUGGCGCACGACCGAUCCAUCCAGCGUCUGCGAUACACGCAAACGUGGAGAAGACUUCAUGGCGUAAACAGCGUGCAGGUUGUGAAAAACUGGGCGGAAAAACUCGAGGUACUUAUUCGAGAUUUUCUUCCUCUGAUUGGAUCGGCAAGAUGGGCCUGCUCCGAGCAUGUCAUCGGUCCUCAGCGACGCUCGUUGGCAUGCAUCUUUCAGCGGUCUUACACAAAUAUCCAUGGAUGUCGCCCUCACUUGCCUAGGCUCGAUGCGGGAAAUGUUACAACCCAUCGACUUCUGAAAGGAUUCCUACGUCUUUGUCCUACAUCUUACAUCUUUGAUGCAGAAUAAGGCACGACAGCUGAUUCAUCGUAUACAAUGCCUUUAUCUACCCCCAUCGUCCCGCGUAGUCCCACCUACCUACUUGUCUGGUUCUCAACGAUGCUAUUCCGCAUAUAUUUACUUCUGACGUUCCUGUGCGGAUACACGAUACAUCUCGCCUACACUUGCCUUGGCUUGGCGCACUGGACGUCGUAGUUCGUUCCUCGUAAGGGCUUUCUUACAAUAAGGCACGA